UCACUCUUUGGGCACAAUCAGCUCAAGCCAUAAAUUAAUCAGUCUUGGGACUAUAUAAGCACACCACAUGUGUUGCAGCAAUCCUUCCCUUCCAUCCCAUUGAUCUCAAGAUAUUCCUAGUUUCUCUGUGAUUUGUCCAAGCGCCAAUGGCUCUGACUGUCAGGGAGAGGAGGCUUCCCCAGCUGCACAUCUCCCUCGACGUGCCCUCGUGCGCGUUCCGGCACCCCAACCCACCGGCGGCGGCGGCGUCGACGUCCGUGUCGCGUGCUGACGGAGAGUUCCGGCUCUCGGACUUCGACAGGCUCACCGUGCUGGGGCGCGGGAACGGGGGAACGGUGUACAAGGUCGCCCACCGCCGGACGUCGGCUCUGUACGCGCUCAAGGUGCUGCACCGCGGGGACCCGGGGGCCGCGGCGGAGGUGGACGCCCUGCGGCGCGCCGACUGCUCGCCGCACGUCGUGCGGUGCCACUCCGUGCUCCCCGCGGCGCCGGCCUCUGGCGACGUCGCGCUCCUGCUCGAGCUGGUGGACGGCGGCUCGCUGGACGCCGUCGUGGCCCGGCGCGGGGCGUUCCCGGAGCUCGCGCUCGCCGAGGUCGCGGCGCAGGCGCUGUCCGGCCUGGCGCACCUCCACGCGCGCCGCGUCAUCCACCGCGACGUCAAGCCGGCGAACCUGCUCGUCAGCGCGGCCGGGGAGGUCAAGAUCGCCGAUUUCGGCAUCGCCAAGGUCCUCUCCCGCGCCGGCGACCACUGCGCCGCCUACGAGGGUACCGCCGCCUACAUGAGCCCCGAACGGUUCGACACGGAGCGCCACGGCCACGCCGACCCCUGCGCCGCCGACAUCUGGAGCCUGGGCGUGACCGUCCUCGAGCUCCUCAUGGGCCGGUACCCGCUCCUCCCCGCCGGGCAGAAGCCGAGCUGGGCGGCACUGAUGUGCGCCAUCUGCUUCGGCGAGCUGCCUUCGCUGCCGGACGGCGCGGCGUCGCCGGAGCUCCGGGCGUUCGUAGCCGCGUGCCUGCAGGACUACACAAAACGGGCGUCGGUGGCGCAGCUUCUUGCGCACCCGUUCGUCGCCGGAAGGGACGUCGCGGCCUCGAAAGACGCGCUCCGGCGGCUGGUCGCCGGAGCCUGAACUGCCAACCGAGCUUAGGCAUUAGAUUGACCACGUACAGCCGUAGGAUUGUACAUUUGUACAUAGGUGUAUGUGCAUAGCUCUUUCUCACCCAUAGUUUGCUAAUCUAAUCUAGGGACU